AUGUUUCAUAGGAAUGGAGGCGCGAAGCCACAAAGCUUGGAGACGACUUCAAAUUCUCAGAUAGAAGAAAGAAGUCUUGAGUCUUCUAGCCUGUUACCUUUGAAGGAACCCUUCUUCCUAACCGCCAAAUUCUGGAAACGUUUCUCCGUCUACUUUUCCGUAGCCCUAUCCAUCGCUUCCCUCGUCAUCUCCUCAAUCGCUUCACUAAGACCCACUAGUGCUUCUGAUUUACGAGCCUUAACAGUAACAAGCAUAGUAAUCAACGCGAUCUCCGUCACGCUUUCGGCGCUCACGUCUCUAGAUUGGCAGAGUAAGGCGACGACGGAUAGGAAUUUUGCGCAGAUGUUGGAUCAGAUUGGUCAUGUGCAUGGAGCGGAGGGGAGAGUGGUUGUUUUGGGGAGGGAAAGGUGGGUGGAGGAGAGGAUGGUGGGGGAAAGGGUGGGGAGGGAUAUGUUUGAGUUGAGUAAUAGGUAA